CCCGUCGGCCCCGCAGCAGCACCCGGGCCUCCCUCCCCGCCGCCCAGCCCGGGCUGUCCUGGCACGGCUCUGCUGCCAAGGCUGCCUCAUGGGGAAUAAAUAAAUUCAUAGCCCCGCUCACCCCCGCGGCAGCGAGAGAAGCCGGCGGCGGCCGCGGGAUUAGAUCCAGCCCGAGCUAGAGACCAGCUUAAUUGGAGAAGAGGCAGAGGCUAGAAAUGCCACCAGCAAUAGGAGCACCACAGUACCCACCUCCAGAUGGAGGCUGGGGGUGGGUUGUGGUCUUUGGGGCCUUUAUUUCCAUUGGAUUCUCCUAUGCAUUCCCCAAAGCCAUCACAGUAUUCUUCAAGGAAAUACAGGAAAUCUUCCAUACAUCAUAUAGUGAGAUAGCUUGGAUAUCAUCAAUAAUGUUGGCUGUCAUGUACGCAGGAGGGCCCAUAAGCAGCAUUCUGGUGAAUAAAUAUGGUAGCCGACCAGUGAUGAUAGCAGGGGGUAUUCUGUGUUCAUUUGGCAUGAUUGCUUCCUCUUUCUGCAAUAGCGUUCUGGAGCUUUAUAUAUGCAUUGGUGUUGUUGGAGGUCUGGGUUUGGCAUUCAAUUUACAGCCUGCCUUAACAAUGAUCGGCAAGUAUUUCUAUAAGAAGCGUCCCAUUGCUAAUGGAUUGGCCAUGGCUGGAAGUCCAGUGUUUCUGAGCACAUUGGCACCUCUCAAUCAAUUCCUCUUUAAUGCAUUUGGUUGGAAAGGAAGCUUUCUCAUUCUGGGAGGACUACUUUUGAACUGCUGUGUGGCUGGGUCACUUAUGAGGCCUGUUGGACCAAAACCAGUCCCUCCUGUGAAAAAAGAUGUUGAAAAAGGCACAGGAGAUUCUAGCCUGCACAAAAACAACAAGAAGUCUUUUUGGCAAACUAUUAAUAAAUACCUAGACCUAUCCCUCUUCAAACACAGAGGGUUUCUGAUCUAUUUGUCAGGAAAUGUUAUUAUGUUUAUUGGUUUCUUUGCUCCAAUAGUUUUUUUGGCUCCUUAUGCCAAACACAAGGGAAUUGAUGAAUAUUCUGCUGCUUUUUUGCUAUCCAUCUUAGCCUUUGUAGAUAUGUUUGCUAGGCCUUCAAUGGGACUUGUAGCAAACUCUAAAUUUAUCCGUCCAAAGAUCCAGUACUUUUUUAGUUUUGCUGUCUUCUACAAUGGAGUCUGUCAUAUCUUGUGUCCUCUGGCAACAAAUUACACUGGCUUGGUGAUAUAUGCUGUAUUUUUUGGGUUUGCAUUUGGAAUGGUUAGCAGUGUACUUUUUGAGACUCUGAUGGACCUUGUUGGUGCUGCCAGAUUUUCCAGUGCAGUUGGACUGGUCACCAUCGUGGAAUGCUGCCCUGUGCUCAUAGGCCCUCCUCUAGGAGGUUGGUUAGUGGAUGUUACUGGUGAAUAUCAAUACAUGUAUUUUGUCUGUGGAGUGAUUGUGAUUGUGGCCAGCAUCUGGUUGUUCAUUGGCAAUGCUAUUAACUACAGGCUAUUGGCAAAAGAAAAGAAGUUAGAAGAUGAGAAACAGAAAGCACAGAAGAACACUGACUUGAAGGAGGCAGAACCACUAACAAACAACGAGAAUGAAGAUGCUGCUAGCAGAGCUGACAAAACUCUUGAAGAUCCUUCAGAAAGAGAAACCAAUAUUUAAUCUGCUAUGUAGCCCAGAAGACAACACUUAUGACUUCCAUUUGAAAUAUGCCUUCAAGACACAAGCCAGGUUUUGUGUUAAUAAUGAUCAGUUACAAUAUUGGAUGGGAACAGAUUUUUGCCCCAUGUCAAGACUCCAAGUUAAAUUACAAUCUAUAGUUUAUUUAUUUCAGUGAUACAAAAUUGAAGUUACAGAGGUAGUGGUUCCAUAAAUAAGCCCAUCCAAACUAUGACUCUGGACAGUGAAGAGUCAAGAAAACUGGGUGUAAAGCCUUCACAUGACAAAGUUUUGUUUCAAAAAUACAUCUAAUGCAAAAGCGUCUGUUGCUGUUAUAUGGGGAGAUAUUUUGUGUUCUUUAAUAGAGUACUGUUAAUGUCUGUUGAAUUAAUGUGCCCAAACUGUAUUUACUACUAAUAUAUAAAAAAAAAACGAGCUCAAAGGUUUGUUUCAAAAUUACCUGAAUGAAGCACAAUGAAAACUUUUUUUCUCAUUUAUAUGCCCACUAGAUCAAAAUAUUCAUUAUAUCUAUGUAAACAAUUACAAUAGGAAUGUAGAAGUUCAGGUUGGAAGACAAACAAUUGGUGGGCACAAUUUAUAAAAUGCAAUAAACAGCAGAGGUUGUUUCCUCCUGUGGCUAUGUUAUACUUCAACAGACGCAUUUGAACACAAGUACAUUCAGACCUCACUAAUUCAAAAUAAGCUAAAUGAAAGUAUUUUAAACUAGAAUUUAUACUGCUAACAAAAGUGGAAAUCAGUUUGUUCACUUGCUUCAUGGCAAUGACAUCAGCGUGGAUGCUUGAGUUAAUUGGCAAGUCAUUAACUGGUUGAUGACAAGAUGUAAGGUCUAACUUCAGGUCCUUGAGGGCAGGUAACUUCAUACCAGUUCUCAUCUCCCCUUCCCAUGUAUUUAGUGAAAAGCUACUUCUAUUUCAUGUUAUUGGUUUAAUCAAAAAUGCUGCAAAGUACAUUGUCAGUACAAAUCUGGGAGCUUUGUAUUAGCGUAUCAUUUUUUGUGCAGGAUAUUUGGUCUUAUUUCACACAGACACAUCAAUUGAAAUGCACACAAUUGUUCCUUGAGGUAAAAAAAAAAUAAAAUAAAAUAAAAAUUAUUAAUUAAAAAAAAGAUUUAGCAUUGCACUUGAAGUUGAAAAGUGCAAGAUUCUGAAGGUUUUAGAUGAAAAUAUUUCUGUUCUAUUCAUAGUUGAGGAACUUCAUUUUGCAGAAUUUCAUAUAUAUGCCACAGAAGUUGUGAAAAUUAAGGGUCUGAUUCAUAGAACAUUUAUACAUGUACAUUCAAUUCAGGAAAAAGUAUGUUAUUUUUCUUCAGUCCUCAAAUACAUAUCAUAUAGCUGUAAAUACGCUGGACAGACAGAUAUGUUAAACACGAUUUGAAGUGCCAAUAACAAAAGAAAUACAAUAACAGAAACUAGCAAGUGGAAAUGCCAGUUUCUUAAGAGCAGCAUUCAAUUUGCUUAUUUUCACUAUUUAAAAAAGACAAAAAAAGAUUCUGCUUGCUUCUGUCUUGCAGGAUUAUCAUCUUAUUUGCUACGAACUUCCACAGUAACGCUGAACUUUUCAUUAGCACUGUUUUGGAGAAGAAACAUCAUGAAUCCACUAGCAAGAUGGUACAGAAAUUUGCAUCUUCUUUUUACCUAAUUAAGUGCAGGAAAUCCAGACAGCUUCUACAAGUCUUGUAGGUACUUCAGCAACAAAAUAAUGUGUAUUUCAGAGUUUCAGAAGAAAAUAAGGGUUAUAUGCUCAGAUUUGAGCAGUGAACUGUCUAAAGGAAAGUGAUAUAAUCCCCAUAAAGUUGAAGUUCAGAGACAUAAAUACAUUAUACCUUCUUUCAAAAUGUAAUCCAGACAACACCCUAUGAGAUGAAAGCAUUACUCUGGUUAUGGAUGCAUGGACAUACAUGGGGAGUUCCAGGGUCCAGUCUGAAAAUGUCCCACAUUUCACGAGAUGUAGAGUUUCACAAUUGGCAAGCUGUCAUACAGUUAGGAAUAUCAGUAAUAAUGCUGGACUACAAAGGAUGAACUGAAACAUCAGCUAAAGAGUAGCCAUCAGGAACACCACUUUGCUCAUGACAGCAAGUGUCAAAGGCAGAGAUUAUUUGAAAAGAGUUGAGUACAUAGGUAGAACAAAAAUGACUGAGGCAAAAAUUUGUAUGUUUAUUAUCUCUGCAAAACAAGCAAACAAACAAACAUAAACCCAAUAAACCAAAAUGAAAAAAAAAAAAAAAAAAAAAAAAAAGAACAAAAACACAAAAUAGCACGAUUAAAAAUGCAGGGUAAAAGACAGCAAGUAUCAACUUUUGAUUUAAGCCCAUUAAAAAUUGAUAUUGACCUUUAGGACUCAAGUAAGAGGCUCUUGGGAAUCAUACAGGCAGCUCACCUGUUCUGUAAAGGACUGCAGAAUGCAAUAAAACAUGGCAUAGGAAAUAAGGGAAAAACAAGUUUCUUUGAGCCGUAGACACACCUACAAUAGCAACACUGAUGUUACUAUCUCAGAGGAAAUCGAUAUUUCUGUAUAUUCUCUACAGGACUCCUGAUCUUUCAUCUCCAGUCAAUUAUGUCAGUAGUAGGAAUCAAAGAGCUGCUUUACCACCAUUCACCAAUGUACAGCUUUUAAUCACAUAAUGAGGUAAAAUGAUGUAUCAGGUAACAGAAACAACAUAAGAUGUGAACUGAAUCUAGAGAAGCAUUUCUUUACAUUCUUCUCAUUUCAUCUUCUUAAAACUGGCAACAACUACUACUAGAACAGCAAAUCAGAAUGCACUUGAUAUUACUGAGUGUUAUGGAAUUUUGAAUGCAAAGCGUAAUGAAGAAGAUUGGAGCCAUAUCUAUGCAAAAAAAAAAAAAAAAAAGCCAGAAAUGAAAAAGUCUUCCAAAUAAGAGUCCUAAAGUGGAAUUUUAAUAUGUAGUUCUUAUUUUAAUAUUAAUAAUAAACUGCCUUCAGUCAAUUCUGUGAGCAUUAAAGUAAUGAAAUGAAUAUAACUUGCCUAUAAAACCUGGAAUAUCAUUCUUACUUGCACUGAGCUGAAAUCAUUACUGCAAAUAAAUUCCUUACCAUUCUGCUUUUAGAAUGAGAGACCCAUGUAUAUAUCAUUUAUUUAUGUCCCCCUGCUUUAUUUUAGUUACUUUGGUCAGCCUUCACUAUAGACCACUGCAGGGUCAAGAUUAAGAGAUGCCUUUGCUGUACACAGUCAUGUAAUGUACUCUCAAAUUUUAAGAUGUACCACAGGCAUCUCUUACACACGAUGAAGUCUGUAGUCUGUCAGUCAGUGUAAGCAAAUCCUGAGUUAGUCUUAAUCUGAUAUAUAUUUCAUCCUCUUUAUCUCUCUGCUAUAAUAUUUCUGAGCCAGAUUAUCAUGUUGUUUAUAUUCAAUUAAUCAAAUAAUGCCAAAAUCUUAAAAUUAGUAGGAAAGAGAAUAAUCAGUCUCCACCAAUCAUAUGUUUUCUAUUUAACAUCAAGGUUAAAUUUCAGAUAGAUUCAGAGCACUUAUCCAGAUACUUCUAUCUCUUUAGGGUUUUUUGACAUUAUAAUUCUCUAGUAGCAGGACGGUUCUUCUGUUUUGCCCUUUUCAACUCUAGAGAAAGCCUUCUCACUAAUAAUCCUUAGUACUUGUUCAAGAACAAAUGUUCACCCUUGCCACUUCUCACCACUGAACUGUGCUUGCAGCUGUUGCUAGUUUUGUACCUCCCUCAGGUUCGAAAUCCUGUAGUCAAAGUGCAGUACUUAUGUUUCAAGAAGGUGAUGUGUGAACUGUUUUGACAGGGUUGGAAAAAGUUGUCUUCAGAUAGAUUAUUAUUAUUUUCUUCAGUUUUCUAAUGAUAUUUUCCUUAUGAGAGUAAGUUCAGCUGUCCUUGCUGUUGAAGUUAAUGGCAACAAUUUCCCUGACUUUGUGACUCAACGUUCACAUUAAUUUUUAUGGCAUUUUUGCAUAGCAACAUCCACUGUACCUAAAAAAAAAAAAAGUUUGUCAGCAUGUACAUAACUGUUCAAAACUUAAGCCAGAGAAGUCUAUGAAGAGUCACAAGCUCUGCGGGUAAACAGUGAGUUUUAAUUAUUAUUUUUGGUUUUUUUUGGUACAACCAUCCAUAAAGAUUCUAUGAAGUAGCAAUGCAUCAUGUACUCCCUCAAGGAGUAGGAUUCAUCUUGCCUAGUUUUAUCCAUACAGAAAUCAUAUUGAUUUUAUUUCCCAUUAGAGAUGCAUCCCUAUUAACUAUUUUUGUAACUUCAUUUUCCUUCUUAUUCAACUUCAAGGUUCUUCUGACUCGCAGUUUUCCAUUCUGAUGUUGCACAAAAAACUUAGAUAAGGCACGGAAUCUCUUUUAUUAAAUACUUGCUGUCAUUGACUUCCCUCAAA